AUGGACUCGAAUUCUUUCGUACUACAACAGACACCUGAAACAGCAUGCUCUACAGAUAAGGCGAUGAAACUUCUGAGAGAAGCUUUCCAAUUGAUCAUCUCUGAUGGAGUUGACCUGCGUCGCGAGCCAGAGUUUUGUAUGAUCGUUGAUCAACUAUGUGAAAAAGCCCCUGAAGCUGCCGAAGCCAUAGUUGGAACAAUCCAGAAAAGCCCUAAGAUUGACUGUCUCAAUUUUUAUGGUGAGACCUUGGCAAUACGCAAAAGGAAAUCAACCGAAGAUCCCAUUUACCGGUCACCCAAAUAUGCGAGACGAAUUUCCAAUUCCAGUGAUGCCAACUUGGUACUGGGCCAAGACUCGACGGAAAAUGGUGUCAAGGAGGAAAACCAAGGCACCGAGAAGGACUUAGCCAACGAUGGGACCCCCAGGACAAAGUCGCGGUCGCAAGUGGUGGAAGGUCAGGAGCUCGCAAUUGCCGAUAUGAACCUAGGAGUGUCAACAGACAAGAUUCCCCUAGCCGAGGAGACGACCGAGUCGACCAUCCUGGACAUGACUCUCCAAGCCGUCCACGUCAUCCAUCAACUCUGCACAUACACGAAGGAUGUUCCAAGAGCCAUCCAUGCCCAGAUACUGCAGACCAUUCAAAAGUCUCACUCCGGACGAGUCACAGCGCCAAUCGAUACCCAAUGGUCUGAUGGUUCGAGGUGGCUGCAAAUACUUGACAUGGGAUCAUCCACAGGUAUCCGAACGACUGUCCUCAACAUGGUAGAAUACAUGGGAGCAUGGGAAUGGUUCGACGAACAGUGCAAACAUGCGGAAGCCACGGUCUGCACCAAGAAGGGCAAGCUCGUGGAACGCAAAUGGAUUAGUGGAGUGGGCCCGGUGACGGUGAAAGAGGUCGGCGAUACGGCCAACUUUGAAGGCAAAAGAAAGGAACUGAGGAAACGCAUUAUUAACCAGCUCCACCGAGGCGAGAAGCUAAGCAAACUUGUCAAAGUAAUUGGAUUGGGGAUAUUGCUUAGCCCUAAAAUCUGGGACUAUACGAAGAUGGGUUGGAAACAUCUUGACACCCUGAUAAAAAAUACUCAAUCAGAUCACCGAGAAAUGGAGCUAUAUAGGAUCCUCAGUGGACAGGUAGAGCGAUUAGUUCAUGAAGGGUCACCGGAUCUUCACGCCUUCUACAAUGAUCUGGAAUCAGAAGAACUUAUAUCAUCCUGCCAAGUCGAUCAGUGGAGGAAGGAAUAUAUCUUGGGUAGCGAUCCCCUGCCAGAUGCUGAACUUAAUGCUGCGGUUGACCAAUUGGUCCACCUUAUUAGCAACAAGGUACUACAUAAGAAUACACCAGAUAAAGAAGAUACUAUUUCAGUAAAUGGAAGUACGGAACUAUUCUGUAAUAUCUUUGAGCAACUCCGCCCAGGAAGAUGGAUGAGCGAUGAAAUUAUUAUGGCAGUCAUGCAAAUAGUGGACAAACCUACGUUUGUCAGGCAUGGUCUUAGAAUCCCGUUAGAUGAAAUUGUCCAUGGACAACUGCAGGCAAUUAAACGGCCAUUCGCCAACUGGGCCCGGCAAAUGGGGAAUUAUCGAAGAGUCACCAAGGAAGCCGACAGUCUGGUUUAUUUUUGCCCAAUUAACCAUCAAAACAGCCACUAUUCACUACUUGAAAUCAAUGAGCCAGAGAGGAAAAUACAUCACUUUGACUCACUGGCAGAAAGAGCCCGCCAAGAUCGGGUGUCCUCACUGAUCAAGAAAGAAUUCGCUGGCCUAAAAUAUCUAUAUGAGGAAGCCGCCACCCCGCAACAGAUCGAUGGUUGGAGCUGCGGGGCUCGGGUUAUUUGGAAUUUUAAACGCCUGGCAAACGGUCUUCCAAUUGGACCUAGGGAUACUGUGCAUGAUUCAAACCGUAUGACACUGGAGAUCGUGGAUGGUCUCAUGGCAUGUGUUGAGGAUGGGCGUAUUAUAAAAUACAGGGACUAG